UGCAUUUGCCACAGUCACAUAGCUGUUUGCCCUGUGGCCGCGUGUAAAAAUUAUAGUUUUCCGCAAAAAUUUCCAUUAGUUAAAUUCUGUUUAGUUAUGAAGUUGCAAGCCUUGAACAGCGCGCUUUUUUCAUGCAGCAUUUCAAAAAUUGUUGUAUUUGUUUUAGUUGCGAGCGCACCAAUCGCCUGGGGUUGGCGCUCUUUCAAUGUCAUCUUUACUUCCUUCCCCUACCAGUAUAAUACCGAUCUAGUUGACGUCAAGAUACAGAUAAAAAACAAUACUGACGACACCUGCCUCGCUGUGGUGUUUCAACUGAAUGAAGAACUCGAUGAUGUGUAUCUCAAGUAUGCCAUCUCUUUGGAGAUGGAACAGGCCAAUUAUACAACAGUUGUAAAUCGUUCGGUGAAUUUCUGUAAAUUCCUCAAACAGCAUUCAAUGGAUCCCCUGUUGCGUAUCAUUUACGAAGACAUACUAAAACAGGAUAAUUUCAUCAAACGUUGUCCCAUCACGAAGGGUUCUUACACGUUACGUGAAUAUCACAUCGAUGAGGAGAUGCUGCCGAGCUAUGUGCCCGAAGCGAGCUUUUUAGCAGAGAUCAAGCUCACAAUGUCCAAUGGGCAGCAAUUGUUUGAUGGCAAGCUUUACGGGACGAUCGACAAAUCGAAAGGAUUCAACAAUUUAAAAAUGUUUAGUUUGGGUUGAGUUGAGGGAGGCUGU